AUGAAGAUUGAGUUUGCUCCACGGUCUGUGCCAUUGCAGAGAAGGCUUCAGACAGCAUCAGUGGCUCAAUGGAUCUUCAGCUUCCUAGGUCUAGCACAGUGCUGUAUAGCUGCCUUCAUCGGCCUCUUCUUCACUCGUUUUUGGCUGGUCAGUGUCCUCUAUGCUGCAUGGUGGUUAAUAGACAGGGAGAAACCCAGCAAGGGCGGGCGGCGGAGCCACGUCGUGCGGAACUGCGUCGUCUGGAGGUACAUGAGGGACUAUUUCCCCAUCACGUUGAUGAAGACAGCAGAACUGGACCCUCGGCAGAACUACCUGGUGGGGUUUCAUCCCCACGGAGUCCUGGCAGCUGGAGCCUUUCUCAAUUUCUGCACAGACGCAUCUGACUUCUCCAAACUCUUCCCGGGCAUCACUCCCCACCUGAUGAUGCUUUCACUGUGGUUUCGUGUCCCGUUCCUCAGGGACUAUUUGAUGAGUGGAGGCCUCAUCCCCUCUGACAAGGAGAGUGCAUCCUAUGUGCUGCAGAAGCCAGAAGGUGGGAACUUGCUGGCCAUCAUUGUUGGUGGGGCACAGGAGGCACUGGAUGCUCGCCCAGGAUCCUUCACCUUGCUGCUGAAGAACAGGAAGGGAUUUGUGCGCCUGGCCAUCCAGAAUGGAACUCCCCUGGUCCCUGCCUUUUCCUUUGGGGAGAAUGAUCUCUUUGAUCAGGUGAAGAAUCCCAAGGGCUCCUGGCUGCGGAGGAUUCAGCAUUUCCUCCAGCAGAUCAUGGGCAUCUCCCUUCCCCUCUUCCAUGCACGAGGCAUCUUCCAGUACAGCUUUGGGGUGAUACCCUACCGACGGCCCAUCUGCACUGUGGUUGGGAAGCCAAUCCCAGUGCAGAAGAAGUACAGACCCUCUGAGGAAGAAGUUGAUCAAGUCCACCAAAACUACCUGAAUGAGUUGUCCCAGCUCUUUGAGAAGCACAAAGCUAAACAUAAUAUCCCAGAAGACUGCCACCUGGAAUUUAUAUAG